AUGGACCGCGCCUCGGGGUCCCACGCCAAGCCGGUCAUGCCGCCGGGCGGCGGCCCGCUGGCCCCUCACAGCCACGGCUACAGCGACGGCCUCCAGAGCGCCACCCAGGCGCGCCUGACGCAUGCCAACGAGCUCGUCGCAAGUUGUUGGUCCGCCAUCGAGGCCAUGCGGGAGGGCAAGCUCAAGGCGAAGUCCUUCAAAGAGGAGGGCGGCAAGCUCAUGGGCGCCUCGUUCGCCGCGGUGCUGGCCCUGCAGGAGGUGCUCGCAGCUGCCGCCGCGGCAGCUUCCGCGGGCGGCGGCGAGGGCGGCGAGCAGCUCGCGGGGUUCUCGGUCGGCGGCGGCAGCGGCAGCGUGCAGCCGCCGCGCUUUGACAGCAUGAACAGCUUCGGAACGAGCGGCAGCAGCGCGACCAGCGGCGGCGGCGGCGGCGGCAAGCGCGCGCCGAGCCUGCUGUUUGUGCUGCGCGUCGGCGCCGAGGUCAGGAUCGGGCUCGGCCACGCGGCGUUCAUGCUGCAGCACCACGGGCAGGCGUCGUGGACCGAGCUGCUGCUCAGGCCUGGAACCGAUGCCCAGAUCAAGGCCAAGUUCAAAGAGGUCACCGCGGAGCUCAUCGCCCUGGAGGAGACGCUCUGGUCAUCCAUUGACCCCGACGCCGCCGCCCACCGCAACCUGCGGGGCUUCAGCUCUCGCCGCGACUCCCUCCUGCAGUCGUCGUCGGUCGCGACUGGCACGGGCAGCUCCGGCGGCGGCGGCGGCAGCCUCGCGAUCACGGGCAGCGCGGCCACGGGCGCGAGCAGCCGCGGCGGCAGCGGCGCGGGGACGCCGACGCCGCUGCCGUCGGGGUCCAGCGACCUCCUGCGGCAGCGCCCGGGGACGCCGGGGCCCGCCGUCGCCGCCACGGCCUCGGCGCCGGCCGCGUCCAGCGCGCCGUCCGAGGGCGGCGGCGGCGGCGGCGUCGUCGCCAAGACGGCGCGCAUCACGCUGCGGGAGGCGUCGCGUGCGCACGGCAAGGUGGCCGGCCUCAUCUUCUUCCCGGACGCAGACGCGUCGGCGCGCCACCCCGGCGGCGGCGGCGACGGCGGCUGCGCGCGCGGCGGCGGCGGGUGCGGCGGGUGCAUCGGGUACGUGGCUUGGGCGGAGCAGGGGAACCUGAAGCUUGUCAACCUCACGUCAUGCAUCGAGCUCGUGAUUUCGGGCGCGGGCGAGGGGCUCGUGGCGAUGUGCCACGAUCCAAGGGGCCUGAUUUGGGGCGGCCACGAGGACGGUCAGCUGCGCGUGUCGUCGCUCUCUACGUCGUCGGCCGCGGCGCCGCCGCUGCGCGUCGCGCCGGCGUGCACGCACGUGACGGCGCUCGCGGUUGAUCCGGGGACAGGCCUGGUUUGGGUUGGGACAGAGGCCGGCACUAUCACUGUGGUCAGGUUCGUCGCCCCGAGCGCCACCAACAGCACCGGCAGCGGCGGCAGCAGCAGCAGCGCGGGCGCCGGCGGCGGCGGCGGCGGCGGCUGCCGCGCUCUCGGGCGGCUCGAGUUGGAGCGGGUGCUGUACCACCCUGACUACGCGCAGCCGGCGUCAUCCUUCGAUGGCGAUGACGCCCUCCGCGCGACUGGCAGCUCGGAGGUCGCCUCCCGCCGCUGGCCGGCGCCGCCCGCGCCCUGCUUCGUGCGCCGCCACCUCAACCGCAUCAGCCGGAUUAGUAACGGCGACGACGAGGGCGGCGGGGCGAGCGGCGGCUCCGCCUCGGGCGCUAGGCUGCCCGGCCCCCCCCAGCCGCCGCACUCCGGGCCCGUCGCGGCCGUCGUCGCCGCGGCCGGCCGCGUGUUCACCGCCGGCGGCGGCGGGCGCGCCGGCGCCACCAUCUUCGCCUGGGAAAGCGCGCCGCCGCACGCGUGCGCGGGGGCCGCGGGGCGCGAGUCGACGCAGUGGCUGCGGUCGCCGGUCGCGUCCAUGGCAGCCAUUCGUUGGUCGGAGCUCGCCGGCGCCGGCGGCGGCGCGGGCGGCGCGGAGGUGCACAUCAUAACGGGCCACGAGAACGGGCAGGUCCUGAUGUGGGACGUGGCCAGCGGGUACCCCCAGCCGGUGCUGGUGCUGUCGCGGGGGCGCGGCCUGGUCAAGGCGCUGGGGGUGCUGCCGGACCUCGGGCUGCUCGCAACGGCGCACAACAACGCCAAGAUCACCCUCCAGAAGCUCAACCCUGACAUCAGGGUGCCCCCCCGCGGGGACGCGUCCGUCGGCGUGUGGCAGCCGCGCGCGGUCUCGCUGCAGGCCCAUCGCUUCAGCCUCGCCGCGAUGGCGACGGGCCCCAGCUUCCUGCUGUCUUCCGCAGCCGGCGGCAGCGUGAAGCUGACCGGGCAGGGCGCGAUCAGGGCGAUGGCGCAGGAGGCGGGGAUCAAGCUGCCCAG